UGGUGUGUGAGGAAGGAGGAGGGGGAUGUGUGUUUAGAGGAAGAUGGAAGUUGUACGGAGUUAGUGGCGGCUCCUGAACGUGUCGUUUCCUCCUUUUUUCGGCGUGUGGUGGCUGAGCAGAGACGUCCGCUAUGGAGCACCCAGCGCCCAAGAGCAAGCUGAAAAAACUGAGUGAAGACAGUUUGACUAAACAGCCAGAAGAGGUCUUUGAUGUUUUGGAAAAGCUUGGUGAAGGAUCCUAUGGCAGUGUCUUUAAAGCCAUCCAUAAAGAAUCGGGGCAAGUUGUUGCAAUUAAACAAGUCCCUGUUGAAUCUGACCUUCAAGAAAUUAUUAAAGAGAUAUCCAUAAUGCAGCAGUGUGACAGUCAUUAUGUGGUCAAGUAUUACGGAAGCUACUUUAAGAACACUGACUUGUGGAUUGUUAUGGAGUACUGCGGAGCUGGCUCUGUUUCCGAUAUCAUCCGACUAAGGAAUAAAACGUUAACAGAAGAUGAAAUUGCGACGAUUCUGAAAUCCACAUUAAAGGGCCUGGAGUACUUACAUUUUAUGAGAAAAAUCCACAGAGAUAUAAAAGCUGGGAAUAUUCUUCUGAACACUGAAGGCCAUGCAAAGCUGGCAGAUUUUGGUGUGGCCGGACAGCUGACGGACACUAUGGCAAAACGAAAUACAGUAAUAGGGACUCCUUUCUGGAUGGCGCCUGAAGUGAUACAAGAAAUUGGCUACAAUUGUGUGGCAGAUAUCUGGUCUCUUGGCAUAACCUCAAUAGAAAUGGCAGAAGGGAAGCCUCCAUAUGCAGACAUUCAUCCCAUGAGGGCAAUUUUUAUGAUUCCCACAAAUCCUCCACCUACUUUCAGGAAGCCAGAGCUCUGGUCAGAUGAAUUCACAGACUUUGUGAAGAAAUGUCUAGUGAAGAAUCCAGAGCAGAGGGCAACUGCCACCCAGCUUCUGCAGCACACCUUUAUAAAAAAUGCUAAAGCCGUGUCAAUAUUGAGAGAUCUAAUCACAGAAGCAAUGGAAAUUAAGGCAAAAAGACAUGAAGAGCAGCAAAGAGAACUGGAAGAGGAAGACGAAAAUUCGGAAGAAGAUGAGCUUGACUCGCACACCAUGGUCAAGACAAGUUCGGAGAGUGCGGGGACCAUGAGAGCCGCUAGCACCAUGAGUGAAGGGGCACAGACCAUGAUUGAGCACAACAGCACAAUGCUGGAGUCUGACUUGGGGACCAUGGUGAUCAAUAGCGAUGAAGAUGAAGAAGAGGAAGAAGAAGAUGGAACCAUGAAAAGAAAUGCAACGUCUCCACAAGCGCCACGGCCGUCAUUUAUGGAUUACUUCGACAAGCAAGACUCCAAAAAUAAACCUCUUGAGAACUGCAAUCAAAAUGUGCACGAACAAUUCCAUAUAUCUAAAAAUGUUUUCCCCGACAACUGGAAGGUUCCUCCGGAUGGGGAUUUUGACUUUUUGAAGAACCUGAGUUUUGAGGAACUGCAGAUGAGGUUGAAGGCUCUGGACCCCAUGAUGGAAAGGGAGAUCGAAGAACUUCGACAGAGGUACACUGCAAAGAGGCAACCCAUUCUUGAUGCGAUGGAUGCCAAGAAGCGACGGCAGCAGAACUUCUGAUGAGGGAGUUCUAUCUCUGGGAAAACUCUUAACCACUAGCGGACACUUACUUUUUAGGAAUUCGAUAAAAA